GAUCGAUUUUCAUAGCAAUGUUUACGAGAGUCAGAUGAUCGCGAUGACGGACUCAGAGUGAUCAAUAAUGGACGUUUUAUUACUCUUAUUUCCGGGGAUUACACGAAAACCAGAACAUGUGAAGGUGCAAAGACGGAAGGGCUUUCACCAGUGUUAAUAAGUGUUAGAUGCUUUUUGUCCUGGAGCAGAAGGAAGACGAAGAGGAAGGUCUUCUCGCUCUCAGGUGCUGCUGUCUUGUCCCUUUCUCGCUCUUUUUUUCCCCUUAACUGUUAUUUUCGGUUCUGAUAAGUCUUCGAAUUUCGACUUCCGAUUUUCGCCUCACUCAAGAUCCUCAGCAAUCACUCGUUUAAGCUCCGCCGCUGGCUUGAACGGGGAAACUCUCAUAUGUCAUGGGCUCGUUAAAUUUGGUAGUUCCCCUUGUGAUGUGGGGGCGGGAAGCUCCCACUCACGACAUAUCUUGCGUCCUUUUCACCCGAGACGUGCGCACGAUUGUGACAGGGUCACGGGACGGCCAGAUAUGCGUUUGGGACUUCGAACCUCCUACUUUAAAGCUCACACCACGAUGCUUACUUGUCGGCCACACUGCAAGCGUCACCUGUCUGGCUCAAGGUGGAAAAGCCCAUGGUACUUCAUAUAUAGUUAGCUCCUCUGAAAAUGGUGAGAUGUGUACGUGGGACCUUCGUGAUGGUCGUUGUGUUGAAGUUCUCAAGUCAGCCAACGUCCACUCUUCUAUGACAGCCUACCAGAUGCUUAAUGUUACUGAUGCUCGAUUAUUCUGCGUUGGCAACUAUCCAGAGAUUCUUGUGUAUGACCCUCACACCUUAGAUAUCCUGUUCUCUCUUGCUGCACGUAUACAACCAGAUUGGAUCUCAGCAUUGCAUAUAUUAAGGCCUCCUCGUCGAAACGAUGAAGUUGUGUUGGGUGUAACCACGGGGGGCUGGGUGAAAGUGUGGACAGUGAGUGAGAAGGAAGUCCGGCCACGGGAACCUAUAUUUGAACAUGAGUCUAAGAUGAUUAGAUCUCUGAAUGCUCUGUGCCUCGUUUGUUGUACAUACAACCAACGAACCGUCCUAAUAGUCACACAAGAUGAUUGGCAGAUAUAUGAUGCUGGCGACUUCUCACAACUCUGCCAUGUUGGGGGAAUUCCUGGUGAGAGAUGGAUGGGCGGAGAUUUUCUGUCAGCUGAUCGUGUGCUUGUCUGGAAUGAUAUGGGUCAAGCAUACAUUUACAAGCUGCCUACAAAGUUAUUGAGGGGGGCAGCUGUUAGCUGCAUUGUUGAGAGCAGAGCAUUUCACAACAAGCAAGCAGAAGGUGAUAAUGCAAUCCUGUAUGGAAUUGUCCAACCAACAAGCAAAGAGCAACUUGUUAAUGCCCCAGCAUGGCAGUUUAUGACUAUCCCUAUAAAUAAUGGAGCUGAAAAAUUAUUGUUGAGAGGUGACUGUGAAGGGCAGGUGAUACUGUGGCGGCUGGCAGAUGUGUCAGAUCACCAGCUGAAUCAGAUCCUGCAGGUGCAACCCUUCGAGCCUCUGGUUUUCACACCUACACUCAAUCACUCCAUGAUGACUGCCUGGGCUGCAAUGAUGCCUCCACCAAUAGGUGUUUUGGAUCAGUUGGAGGGCGAGAAAAACCCACCGAGAAUCACAGCCAGCUUGUUUCUUCCACUACAAGGACGCCUUGCAUGUGGUCGUGAAGAUGGUUCCAUUAUCCUAGUUCCUGCUACAGAGACCAUCAUGUUACACCUCCUACAUGGGAAACACCAGCACUAUCACAAUUGGGCUCAACCUAUGGUUCUUCGUGGCCACCAAGGACGAGUCAACUGCCUUCUGUAUCCUCAUGGAGAAAGCUCGCGUUAUGACAUGGCACAUCUUGUUUCGGGAGGAAUAGACUUUUCCAUCAACGUGUGGGAUAUGUACACAGGCAAUCUAGUUCACAGAUUUGUUGUUCAAGCAGGACAAAUUCUCCAGCUACUUGUACCUCCUCCUACAUGUACACCACGUAUACAGAAUUGCAUUUGUAGCAUAUCAGAAGACCACAGUGUUGCCCUUCUAAGUAUAAAGGAACGAAAGCUAGUGCUGUUAGCCUCCAAGCACCUCUAUCCUGUUUCAACGGUGAAAUGGAGGCCUGAACAUGACUUCCUAAUGGUUGCUACACAAGAUGGAUCUGUUUACGUCUGGCAGAUGGAAACAGGUCACCUUGAUCGGGUACUACAAGGCGUCACUGCUGAGGAGGUGCUUGGUGCUUGUGAUGAGCAUUCAGCGUCACCAGCAAGUGGGGCUGGAGGAGGCUCGGAUGCUGGUUUAGCCAACCCAGCCGUUCACCUGUUCAGAGGUCUGAGACACCGUAAUUUAGCUGCCAUUAGACAUGCUGCUCAGCGUGGUAUACAACAAGUUUUAGGAGAACAAAACAAUUACCAAGACAUUCAUGAUAGCUCCAAGAUGCGCACUUGUCCACUCAUGAUCCAAGGCCUCCGCACAAACAAACAAGAUGCCAAUUCUCAUGUUCUCUUCUUUGACAUCGAAGCUCUUAUAGUUCAACUCCUGAGUGAUGAAUAUACGUUGAUGUCUCCGGGAACUCUGGAAGCCAAUGAGCUGAUCAUGAGUAGUCAGUAUCAGCGCAUGAACGUGCUCACACACCCAGCGUCUCCUGAGGCUGCAAAAAAGAUAGCAGAGUUCUUCGGGAAAGUGAAGGAUAAAGCGGGAGAGAUGGAGAAGAAGAUGAAGGAAAAGGAUAAGCAUGAUAUCCUUGGUCGCGCUAAGGACAGGGCUGUCAAUAUGGAGAAGAAAUUCAGGGAACGAGACCAACAUGGCUUGCUGUCGAGGGUCAAGGAAUCAGCCGAGAGUGUCCAGAACUUGAUACAGAACAAGGUGGAUCAGUCCGGAUUCCGACCCACUACGCUCAGCUCAGCAAAGGAUGGAAGUAGUGGUCGUGUACAAAUCCCCCGUCAUUUGGAUGUCACAGCCCAGACAUUGCAGAUUGGCCAGGUGCUCAUGUCUCUCCUACACUCUUGGGGUCUUGAUCCUUCCCUGGAUCAGACGUGCGAGCAUAUAUUAGGCCUCCUGAAACCAAGGGUCCCAGUUUCCUAUGGUCUAAUUUCUAAAUCAGGGUAUAUGUCACUUUUAAUGCCAACAUGGCAUCCAGUGCGAGAAUCAGAGAUGCCUGCAAUUAAUUUACCACCAGACCUAGCUGCUGAACUCCCCCCAGAGAUGGUUAAGCUAGAACAUAGGACACAAGUCUUCACAGGUCGAGGUCACUGGGAGAUUUCUCCUGCGCUUACCACACACCAUCUACUUGCGCUUGUGUCUGUAGCAAACACUUUGCAGGACAUGAAUGCAGCAACACUCAUCCCAGAACAGGAACGGCGUCGCAAAAAUCACAUUCAAAGUUCUAAGGCCAACCAAUCAGUAAACAGUCAUGAAGAUGACUUCUCUCGGCAGCAGUCAAUUAUAAAGCAGGGCUGGUCAACCCUAACAGCCCUGCACACAGUAUUAUUGCCUGAUUGUGUAGUUGCAGCCGGAGCCAAUACUUACCAGCCUCCAAUGGUGGAGAUUCUAGCUCGAAGAUGGCAAGAUCGUUGUCAGGAGGUUCGAGAAGCUGCACAAGCCUUGCUGAAGACAGAGCUCUCAAGAAUGGGUGUUGAAGGUCGCUCAAAGUUGGUAGAGAGCUGGACACCCCACUUGCCAUCCCACAUGGAACCCCUUCCCACUGGACCAUCCCAAUUUAACAACCAUCAGGAAGCACCUCAUACACCACGGCUAGAGCAAUCAAGUAACAAAGCAAAUACAGCAACUCCUCAAGCUACAAGCAAUGGCACAAGUGGGAACACAAGCACCAGUGCAGGUAGCAGUGAGCGUGGCAUGGAACCUCACCCACAGCUUGAUGAGGAUCAUUAUGAUGAGGAGAUGGACGGAGAAACAUGCCGCGAAGUGGUAGCGCAGUCUGAAGGGCGGAGGAAGCAGGCUACAGCAAUCAUUCUCUUAGGGGUUAUUGGUGCUUACCAUGGCCAGGAUUCAGCAGAAGGAUUUGGCUUAGGGAACCUGGCCAUGCAGACUAGUAAAGCCUUAGCAUACUUGGUAUUGGCACCAUCAUGUCCAAAACUGCCUGGGCACACACCACUUAGAAGAGCUGCUAUUGAUCUGAUUGGUCGUGGAUUUCCUGUCUGGGAGCCUUAUCUGGAUGUAGCUAAGAUAUUACUGGCACUACUUGAUUUUUGUGCUGAUACAGAUCGCUUAGCUCCCAGUAUGAAGUAUGGAUUGCCACUCAUCCCAGAAGCAGACUCUUGCCGAACUUCCUCCAAUGCGUUAACGCUGAUAGCAGAGGCAAGACCCCCAGCCUUCAUCACUACCAUGGCUCGAGAAGUUGCCCGCUUCAAUGCUCUGCAGCAAAAUGCCCAGAGCCUCCAGCUUAACAUACACAAUACAGUGCUACAUCGUGCUAAGACGGAGAUUUUGAGAGUGAUGGAGUACCUCAUAGUUCACAAAAGAUGUCACAUAAUGGACCUCAUGGUUGAGGUUAUGGACAUAGUGUUACAUUGUGUGGAUCCUGGGCACCUGAAGAGUCGCGGGUUGAAUGAAGUGUUUCCGUCAAUCUGUGGUUUCCCGCAGGUGUCACACUGUCCACACACCAGAAGAAUUGCCACUGGUGCCAAAAAUGGGAGUAUUGCAAUGUAUGAACUAAGGGCAUCCAAGUGCCAGAUGAUUCCUGGUCAUGGGAGUGCAGUAACGGCCCUCUCUUUCUCUCCGGAUGGCAAAUAUUUAGCAUCAUACUGCAUGGGAGAAAACAAGCUCUCCUUCUGGCAGACCUCAUCAGGAAUGUUUGGCCUUGGAGCUUCACAAACCAAAUGCACUAAAACCUUCUCAACUGCUCCAGUGCCUGACAUAGUGCGAAUGAACCCACAACGGCUGCCGAAGUUGGUGUGGAUCUCAAACAAGACGGUGGUGCUCAUGAUGGCAGAUGGAACAGAGCAUAGGUUCAAUGCAUAGUCAUAGGUGGUAUAGGAACAAAUGAAUAAAAAAAUGUGUAAAUUUAAGGUUACAAUUUUACAAAGGUUAAAGAAUACUGUACAUCCAAGGUGUUGAUCAGCCAUGCAAAGCAGAGAGUGUUUGUGAUGUUCAUGUAUGUUGUACAGUGGAAUUAGUUUUACUGCUUCAAAAUGUAGCAGUACCGCCAUUGAAAUUUUCUUUCUUUCUUUUCCCUCAUGUUAGCCUUUACUUUUUUAUAUAGAUAUAUAUAUAUAUUCCCAUGGCACCCCCCCAAAAACCCAUGUGAUAGCUCUUGUUUGGUUUGAUAUUAGGCUUGGGGAAUGUACCAUAAACCACUUUAUCGACUAAAACGAAAGUGUAUGCUUUUUGUAUACACUCCUGUUGAUUCUCUGUGCAAAGUUAUUGGUGAGUUAGUAUGCAGGAGCUAAUAUGACAUGCCUUACGAAUCUGCUGUUAUGUUGAAGAAAUGGUUGCUACUUAGCUGUAUGUCUUUUCUCCUUAAAUCCUUCUUUUGUAGAUGACUCAAUUUUUGGGAUCCUUAAAGCAGGAUCCUGCAUAAUGGAGGACUCAAAGAGAUACUUAUGUAUGUGUGUGUGUGUAUAUAUAUAACUGUGAGGAGAACAUGUCAGUUCAGAGUGAGUGUUUUUUUUUUUGUUUUUUUCUCAAUUAUCCUCUGUAGGAUAGCUUGAUCAAGUAAUGGGUAGAGUUGUUAUUAUUGUGCUCAGUGCACCUUACAGCACCUCACAAAACUGAAGGUAGUGAAAGAUGUUCAGGUGAAUGAAUGAUGUUCACACUCCCCUGUCCAUAGUAAUUUAUGCUUCACAUAGAACCCAGAUGAACUUGAGCAUUCUCUCAAUCAGACUAGAAAAAGUAUCACUUCUGUUGUAUUUUUGUCAAGGCUACAACCAAAGAGGUGUGUCACCUUGUAUAUAGACUGACUACACCACUAGUCCUCCUCUCAGGAGUCUGGGGAAAAGUGUAACCAUUACAGCAGACAGUUAUCAGAUCACUAGAUGAAGUUUAAACUUGGCUUUUCUAAAUUUGCAUUUGCAGAAAUAAAUUGGUUUAAUAUUGUCUAACAUUUUCACAUUUCUAGAUCAGUUGUAUUCAAUUAAGGUAGGGUGUUGAUGGAAGAUUUUUGUAACCCAUUUAGCAUAGCUUUAUGUUCAAAUGAAUGUGCAGUUCUCUAAAUAUGUAUAUGUAUAUGUAUAUGUGUAUGUGUGUGUGUGUGUGUGUGUGUGUGUGUGUGUGUGUGUGUGUGUGUGUGUGUGUGUGUGUGU